UAUUAAGGUGAGGCGCUUUCCCUCGGGACGGUGCCAUUUUGCAAUCGAUUUCCCCAGGUUCGGAGCAGUAAAUAUUUUCUUUCGGUGUUGGGCCAGUGGAAAGUGCAAAGCGAAGUGUGAAACAGGAUCAACCUCAUUUAGAGUCUGCACAAUGGCGCGCAGGGCUGGGAUAGGGCUGGAAAGCAUUUCUCUGUUCCCGGGGCUGGCGCUACGCUGUUUGAUACUGGUGCUCGUGCUCCUCCACGAACCGUCACCAACGGAAGGGAAAGCGACGGUCGAACAGAUGAUGAAGUCGGGUGAAAUGAUACGAAGCGUUUGCCUGGGCAAAACGAAGGUUGCCCUGGAGCUGGUGGACGGGCUUCGCGAGUCCAAGUUCGUGGACGUUAAGGAGCUUAAGUGUUACGUCAAUUGCGUGAUGGAAAUGAUGCAAACGAUGAAAAAAGGAAAGCUCAACUAUGAUGCGUCUAUGAAGCAGAUCGAUACGAUCAUGCCCGACGAGCUGGCGGAACCGAUGCGGAAUGCGUUAGAUGUUUGCCGGAACGUGGCCGACGGUAUCAAAAAUAAUUGCGACGCGGCGUACGCGGUUCUGCAGUGCCUGUCGAAAAACAAUCCGAAAUUUAUUUUCCCGUAACUGUGAAUGGAACAAUAAGCAAAGUUACAGUAAUUCCUGUAUGCGCUGCUGGUCGUUAACUUUCGUUUCGUUGAAAAUAUAUUGAAUCAAUCAUUUUGUGGUGCUUUGAUACCUAAAUGCCCAAGAAUUCCAAGCAAGUUU